CCCAUGUGAAUGUCCCUUGAAGAAUGUGACCUGUCAAACCAUAAAGGUGAGAAAAUUUGCCGACCCUUUUGCCUCCUCAAUCCCUUGGUAUAUGUUUUAUUUGCUAGAGCCUAGAAGCUCCCUGUUUUUUUGUGUGGGUUUAGCAAACUCAGUGAUUUUUAUUGCUGUUAAUGUUCUUUUAUGUGAUAGCUUUGUGGGUUUUAGCUAAAAUGAUAUUUGUUAAUAGGCCAAAACUAUCUAAUUAUCCACAGUAUGUGGCUAAGUAUCAUGUGGGCUUAUGGUAGGAAAAGCCUUUUUAUAAUCAUGCUUCAUGGUUUGAGAAUGUGAUUUUCGGAGAGCUUUUUGGAUAGGCAUUAGCUGAAGGGCAUGGAUACAUGUUUCUGUUUCUGAGCUUUGUUAUUGGCAGAUAAAGUUGGAAUGUUUAUGUUUGCAAACCAUUUGCUAAAAAGAAGCAGUGAAUUUGAUGUUUCUUUGAGUUGCGGUCGAAGUUUAGGAUCUAUGUUCUUGGGCUUGGCAAAUGGCAGCAUGACUGUUACUAGUCAGAAUCUAUCAGUAAGCUUGUCCCUCUUUUUCUUGGCUUUUCUUGCAGUUCCUGAGAGUGAUUUUCAAGUUAUUUAUGGUAACUUUGUUGGUUUGUUGCUAGCUUUGAUAUAUAGUUUUUAGCAUUUUAAGCACUACUGAUGUGAUUAGGUGACAAAAGAUGAAAUCUGUUAGUAGUGUAGGACUUGGUUUGAGUAUCGUUUUUGGUUGCCUGCUACUGGCUCUUGUUGCUGAGCUUUACUACUUGCUAUGGUGGAAGAGAAGAUUUACCAACAGAGAGAUUGGAGAUGAGUAUGGUAACCCAGCAAGAGAGCUUUUUUACACGUUCUGUUUAAAAAGGCCAUCUUCUUUAAGGCACUCUCAAGAACUAUGUUCUUCAGUAAGAAUCACAGAUACCCUUGUCCAUCAUGAGCAAGAUUCUCAGCUUCAUAAUACAAGUGAAGAUUUACUGCUCAAACCCUUCGGUGAUGAUCCUAUGGAUACAGAGCUCAUGAGGUUAAAUAGUCUCUCAGGUCCACCAAGAUUUCUAUUCACAAUUAUUGAAGAAACGAAGGAGGAUUUAGAGUCAGAAGAUGGAAAGUCUAGAGGUGAUAACAAGAGUGCAAAAGGGUCAAGAAGUAGGAGCUUGAGUGACUUGCUUCUCAAUAUGGAGACUCCAUAUCUAACUCCUAUUGCUUCUCCAUCAUUUUUCACACCUCCUCUUACUCCUAUGAACACUGGCUACAACCAAAGUAGAUUCAACCAUCAUUUUGAAUCAGCAGCAGAUGCAGAGUUUAACAAGAUGAGGUCAUCUCCACCUCCAAAAUUCAAGUUCUUGCAGGAUGCAGAAGAGAAACUACACAGAAGAAAACUAAUAGAAGAAGCAGAUAAAAAGGUCCAGAAGAAUGAUGAGUUUGCUCAAGAUUAUGUGAAAAAGGCUGCUUCAUCAAAGUUUCAGAAAGAUGAAGAAGAUGGAUCUUUUAUUUCCAUCAUUGUUGAUAAGAACGAAGAAAGAGAGCUUAAGCAUCAACAUCACCACCCUCCACAAUACCAUUCAAGCACUUCACAGUGGAUUAGGGUUUUGACAAUCUGCAGCUAAAGAGAAGGGGAGGGUACUAAUACAAUCCAUGAAAGUGACAAAAUUGGAAAAAGGGGUAGUGACUUGUGAUGGUGAGAUGUAUCUUCGGGCUUUUUCGUAAACAACAAACAGGUUAAAUUGCCUGUGAAAACGUUUCAUAGGGGUAGGCUGAAAGACAACCCAGCUUGUAGAAUCAUUGCAGGCAUUACAUUUUCUCUGCUCCUUAUGUAUUUAACGUUGGAACGUACAUGCUUGAAUCAUAAGCACGUACAUGAGGCUUUUAAAAUUAAUAUUCACAUA